AUGGGUAAGAAUAAGCGCAGACACAAGCUUGAUGCGGCUGUCGCCUCCAAGGCUCACUCUCUUCCUCCGUCAAGCUCACCAGCCAAGACUCAGAGCAAUGCAAGUGCCGCCUUAUCAACCCCGUCUCGUAAGAUCUCGAACCAAACCGCGUUGAAAUCUCCGUUCCGCAUCGAGGAGCCUCGCGAUUUCCGAGAUUCUCCCAGCUUUCUUGCUCAGCAGCGAGCAAAGCAGCGCAAAGCCUCCGAAACAUCUUCUCGUCAGCGUUUCACAGCGACCGUAGUUCCCGACUUGGACACUGUCUACAAGAAACUCAAUUCAAAGCUCAAGGACGUUUCGAAGGAGAAAGAGCUUGAGAUGAAGACGAAAUCCGAGGGCAGUACGCAAUCAGUAUCAAUGUCGACAGAAGCGAAAGAACAUGCCGUCACUCCCAGCGCAGGGUCGCAGUCAUCCCAAGACAGAAACAGUCGGGGUUUUCUUGGCUCUGAUCUGAAGUCCGGAAUUGCAAAGGGCGAAUCAUCGACAACAAAGUCGCAAAAAGCGUCAUCUAGCAACUCUGUCACUAGAUAUCCUCCAAAAUCCCUUGAACGCUAUGGCAAGAAAAAGAAGAAGUCCAAACAGGUUCCGCAAGACGAUGACGGCGACGCGGAAAUGGUCAACGCUACUGCGAUCGAGGUCCCAGCCACCCCUACCAAGAACCCAGAUCGGCAGAAAGCCAAGGUUGUCCAUGCAGAUGUGGAAGAGAAUGUUGGACUCGAAGCUCGUGAGAGCUCGAAGAAGAGCAAGAAGGACAAGAAACGCUCCCAUGAGGUCGGUGCCGCCAAGAAGAAUUCUCGAUUGGAAGAAAAGGGCAACAAGCACCACCACAACGCAAUUAGCGAAGCUUCCCAUGGACCAGGUGAGGCAGCGGAGAAGAUUAUCACGGGUAAGAAGCAAGAUGCGCGAGCCGGAUGGACCUUUCAUCCUAAUUCCGAGAGCGAUGAGAAAGCUGCAGUUGUGCCUGCGGCUACCGAAAUACCAGCUGAAGCCGAGAACAAUGCUUCUAGUUCCGACGAAGAAGAACCCACCCCGAAGACAUUCAAGGGGCUACUGAAACAGCGAUCUGGCAAGACCUCCGCUGAUUUCAAAUCGAUGGAAAGAGUUAGCUCUAGCGACGACGAGAGCGGUAGUGCAACCUCUCAGUCCGAUGCCGAUGCAGAGGGCGAGAUGUCAGAAGCCGACUCUACCGAGCUGAAUAAGAGUAGCGGGGCUGGGUCUGCGGAGGAUAAGGAUAAGCGCAAGAAGCAAGCAGUGCAACUGCGAAAAGAUCCACAGGAGACAGAGAGUGGGAAUGAGUCUGACGCUUCAGAAGUGGCCAAAUCCAGCUCCUCGUCGUUGAGCAGCUCGCGAGCUAGCUCGCCAGCUGAGGUUGACGAACCAACGCCUCCUUCUGAGAAUGGAAGUGAAGCUUCUUCGGACCACGAGAACGAUGCCGAUACCGAGAGCAGCGCUGCUUCGGACGUCAACGACGACAGUGGUAACGACUCUGACGAUGAGGAGGAACCAGAACAGCCAAAGCCCGCACCCAAUCCCCUCAAGCGCAAGCGCCAGGAUUCUACCGGCAUACCUCCUUCCUCUGUCACGAGCCGCAACCCCGUGCCGAGCCUCUGGGAAUUCCCUUCUGUCCGUGACGUGAUUGCCGAAUCCAAGCAGCGGCUCGACAAAGCUCUCGCGGAGAUUGCAGCAUCAGCCGCGGCAGCAGACCCCCAACCUGCUGUUACCGAACCUAGCAACUCAGCUAAAGACAAAACGGUCAAGCCGUCGAUGCGCUACACUGAGGAACUGCUCAAGCAGGCCAAAGCUCUUGAGGAGAUCUUGCCGGACGAUUACUUGUACAAGGGUGAUGAGACUGUUGCACCUACCAUGCGCUUGAUGGCUCUGCUACAUAAUGCGAAAGUCAUGAUGCUUCGACUCGCAGGAGAACGCGUGACGGACAACGGUGGACCCAGCGCUGCCAUGCAACGAGAGCUGUUGAGAAUCGCAAGGGCUAAGGACAACGAGAUCAAGACCCUGAGGGGUCAGGUGUGGGAGAUGAUUGAUGACCAUCGAAAGUCGACAAAGACUCGUUGA